UAUUAAUCUAAAAUAAUAGUAUACAAAAUUAAAGGUAAUUACAUUAUCUAUCAAACCUUUGUAAAUUAUAGAGUAGUAAAGCUUCUGAUUUGUUAUUUCUAAAAUCACAACCGAAAAAUGUACUUUACUGUUGGACCAUAUGCAACCAUUUACUAUGGUUGAGAUUGCAAAAUACGCAUUCAGUACAUAAUUUCUCUGUGUGAGCUUAUAAAUAAACAUCAAUUUUAAAUUUCAAAUUGACUUCUUUUGAAGUUAAAUAUUUAUUAACCAUUUUUUUACAGACCCAUACAUUUAACAAUUUUUGUCAUGUGUAAAAUACAAAAGCGAUACUUCAUAAGACUUCAGUCGUUUUAUCACAAUAAUACGCCAAUCAAAACAGCUGGUAAAUGAAUUUCAAUUUUAACGUGUUCUUUUAAUGAACAACGAAACGGGCAUUAAUGGAUUUGAGCCACUGGCGAAAAUGUAGAUUUACUACUACAUUACUGAUUAUAAUGACCGUUAUUAUUAUAUCUGGAAUUUGAAAAAACUGUAUAUUGUAUUAAUUGUAAAGUUGCUAAAAAGAUCAAUAUGUUAUAUUUGGGUAUGCUGACUCUCACUAUACCUUCAAAAUUUUAACUGUUGUAAUUUUUGAUAUUAUUCAAUGCCUGUUGUGGCAUUAGCCAAAAGACUUGUCGUUUUCAGGAGGGAAACAGUCACUCGACAUUUCUGUGAUACAGUUGUAAUUUUUGUUAAGAUAAUAAGUAUUCAUGUUAAGAUUUAGUGUUUGAUUUAGUAGUUUUACCAAUGUUGUAGAUUCAGUUAUUUUAUGGUAGUAAACGAUUGUCAGUCAGUCUGACUAAAAAUUAAAAAAAAAUAAAGGUAUAUGAAAAUCAUCCAUUUUAUUUCCACAAAGUCCAACAAUUUUUACUCAAUUAUUAAUAAAUAAAUUCAAUUCUUUUUAAAAUCCACUCAUAAUCAAUUAAGAUAUCAAUAAGUAGAUUGUCGUGAUAUAAUUAAAACUGAAGUAGAGCAAUCAGCUAACAUUUGCUUUACAUUAUAACACACUAAAUAUUUAACAGGGACAUGUACCCUGUGAUACUGUGACCGUUCAACAGAGAGUGGAUGUAAAUGAAUAUUAGAAUUACACUUUUCAAUUCUGUUUAGUGCCAGAAUAAUGGAGCAAAGUUAAUAGAAUUUCGAUGACCAAAGGGAGCAAGAGUCGUCAAACAAGCAAAUUGAUCCCAUUUGAAUGGCGUUUUACCGACUAGAAUAAGUCGGAUGUCGAAUGGCUAUUUGAUGAAAGCCUUUAGAUAAAAUUAUUCACUGAACCAAAAUACUGUUCUCAUUAAACGAGCCGCUAGAAACUCACAUCUUUCUAUCUGAAUUAAGGUGUGGUUCAAAUUGUUUAGUGUAGUUAGUGUAGUGUGUUUUAGAACUAAAUGACAUUGACAUAACUUGUCGCUAAAAAGAAUAAAUCUGUAAGUUUAUCUAAAAUAAUUCCCACUUCAAGCUAUUAUAAAAUAAUUAGUGAAUAAUAAUUUAUGAUAUAAUCCAAAUGGCAAAGGAUAAUAUUUAUUUACUGCUUCGUGGUUGUUUUAAUUGAUAUUUCCAUUCGAAAGUUAUCAAAGCGAUUACUGACAAAUAACGCACAAUUUUUGAAUUGAAAAAUUCGUAAUUCGCUGAUCACAAAUAGAAAAACUCGUCGAGUUUGAAAUAUUUAGUCAAAAGAUAACGAAAAAAUAAACUCGUUGCAUAUUUGAUCGAGCUGUACUGGGUUUGUGCCGGUUUUGUUAACUAAAAAUGAAAUAGCUACCAGAUUUAUUUUUCCAAUGAUACAUUUUUUAUCCCUCUAAAAACAAUUUAAAAUGGAGGUAUUGCUUUGAAAAACCCUAUAAACCUUCGAUUAGGAUAUUACGAAAAGGGAAGGAACAUUGGUGGGUAGAGUAGAAAGGGUGAUAGUUCUUAUUCACAAAUUUAACAAAAAGGAAAGGACUGACAGGUCCGUAGUCACAAGUGCUGAAGGAAGAGAAAAUUCAAUUCAUACGGCCGCAAUGGAGGUGAUCUUAAACCUCAACCUUAUACAUUUGAUGAUAGAGAAUGUGGCAAAAAGGACACGAUAUAGAAUGAUCAGGAACGGAAUAAUCAGACAAAAGUCUACUUGCUUCAGAACUAAAGAUACCUGGGACAUACCCCAGGCUGAAAUGCUAAAGAAGUACAGUUUUGUGAAAAACUUCAAAACCACAGAGCUGGGUUGCAAGAAAGAAUGGAGCCAAGAAUCCAUCGCGCUUGCAACCGAAAGACGUGCUAUUUAGUGGUAUACGGACGGUUCCAAAACCAUAGAAGGAACUGGAAUAGGAGUAUAUGGGCCGAGAACCAAGCACUCCGAAAGCUUGAAAAAAUACCCACGCGGAAAUUCACGCCAUCGAGAAGUGUAUCCAGUUUAACAUCGAGAGAAACUAUCAUAGACAAGAGAUUAUCAUCAUGUCCGAUAGUCAAGCAGCCAUCAAAGCGCUGAGCUCUUACGUAAUCAGCUCAAAAAUGGUCUGGAGAUGCCUAGAACAAUUUAAUGAGCUAGGCGAGAAAAAUAGAGUUACUCUCACUUGGGUCCCGGGACCUAACGAGGCACAGGGUAACGAGAUUGCAGAUAGUCUUGCAAGGAAAGGGGCUCAAACACCCUUUGUAGGACCUGCGGUAUCAGCAGUAACAUAAUAUUAGGAGAGAUUAAAAAAGAAUUGGGCAGUAGAAGAACUGGUAAUUGGAACAAUCUCUUGGAGCUGAGACAGGCCAAGAUACUUCUGGGUGAAUAUAACCAGAAAAGAUCGAAAGCCUGCAUCUGCUUGAGCAAGAACAGGCUACGUAUUGUAACAGGGAUCCUUACGUGGCAUUGCCGACUAAAAGGACACCUAAGUAAACUAUGUAGCACUUCAGAAACCAAGGGCACUAUAUCUAGGAGGAUAUCAAAUAGAAAAGGGAGAUUUACCUAACUUGAAGUCACUUCAAAUCCUACACUUCCUUGAGAAAAUAGGAUUGAAAGGGUCGUUAUAGGCAUUGAGACAUUUCCUUAGUGCAUUGGCGACAGAAGGGUGCACAAUUGAUAUUUUAGGUCGCAGUGUAUUAACACCUCACUCCCAACAUAACAUAACAUAUGUGUAUGGAGAAUUAUUUUUUACAUCUCAGUGUCGAAAUUUCACAUCAUUAAUUGAAUAGUGCUAUUUAGACUAUUUUGGAUUUUCUGUAAGAAAUCAAGAUAAAUCCUGGGUUCCACAUAAACGUUGUGCAACGUGUGUGAGACUGCUAUUAGGUUUGGCUAAACAAGAACCCAGACAUAUGCAAUUUGCUAUCGGUACCAAUGAUUUGGACCGAACCAAAGGAUCAUGUAAGUGAUUGUUAGUUUUGUUUGACUCAAACAAAAGGCAUUACAACAAAGUCCAAAUACACUAUCCAGUAUCCAAACUUGUCUUCGGCCAAAGACCCAUCCUACAUAGUGCCGAACUGCCUAUGCCAAAGCCUCCAAAUCGAUCAGAAAGUCAGGAUUCUCCUCCGGAACUUGUUCUAAGUCAGCACGAUAAAGUAUCUGAAGAUAAUGACCCAAGUUAUAAACCGUCAACUUUAAAAUAACCGCACUUAUUGACACAAAGUGAUUUAAACGAUUUAGUACGUGAUUUGAUUCUGUCUAAAAAACAGGCUGGGUUUUUGGGGUCUAGAUUAAAGGACUGGAAUUUACUUUCUCCUGACGAUGAAAUAAAACUUGACUUUUCUAAAACAGGUGAUUUAGUCUAUUGUAAUAAAGUUCCUGUUUUGAUGAAUUCAAUAAAUUUUUAAUAUGAUCCAAAUCAAUGGCGAUUGUUCAUUGGCUCCUCAAAAACUAGUUUGAAAGCAGUGUUGCUGCAUAGCGGAAAUAAACUUCCUUCAGCGCCGGUUGCUUAUGGUUCUGAUAUGAAAGAGACUUACAAAAAUAUGAGACUUCUUCUUGAAAAAAUUGAAUACAGUAAACACGCUUAUGGCGAUUUUAAAGUCAUUGCAUUUUUGCUUGGACUACAGCUUGGUUAUUCAAAAUUUUGCUGUUUCAUUUGCGAAUGGGACAGUAGGAACAAAAAAAUCACUAUACAAAGAAAGUGUGGCCCAAGGGUAAAUCACUCACUCCAGGCUACAAAAAUGUUAAAAAUUAUCCUUUAGUGAACCCUGAUGACAUUUUUUUACCACCGUUGCACAUAAAGCUUGGACUGAUAAAAAAUUUUGUAAAAACUAUGCCUAAGAUGGCAGUGGAUUUAUAUAUGAAAGAGAAAUUCCCCAAACUCAGCGAGCUAAAAAUUAAACAGGAAAUAUUUGUAGGUCCACAAAUACGGCAACUAAUAAAGGAUAAGAGCUUUGAAGAAAAACUGAAUGAUCAGGAAAUUUACAACGACUUAAUAAAUGAACUUAUAAUGUUAUAUAAAGCUUUGGGGUGUCAUAUGUCCUUAAAAAUACAUAUGCUGGACUCUCAUUUGGAUUUCUUUCCGGCAAAUUUGGGUGCUUUGAGUGACGAACAAGGCGAGAGGUUCCAUCAGGACAUUUCCUUAAUGGAGAAGCGCUAUCAAGGGAAAUGGAGUCCAGGAAUGCUAGCAGAUUAUUGUUGGAGACUUAAAAAAGACCUUUCAGAAGACAAAUAUUCACGAAAAUCGUAUUUAUUCUAUAUUUAAGCAAUACUUUCUCUAAAUGUAGCUGAUGUUUUCGCAUUUUACGAAAAUAUAUGAUUUGAUGUCACAAGGAAACCUGACGUGUCAAUUUUUUUUCAAUUACAUAAUAUUGUUUGGUUUAACAAAAUUUGAUAUACGAGUAAGUUAAAAUUUUGUUAACCAGUGUAAUCUGGCAAAAUCUGUGAUGAAGACAGGUAUUGUUAACGAAUACAAAUUCAGCACUUCAGACACUAAUACUUUUGUCAAAUUGAAAUAUAAGAAUGCAUAAAGAGCAUUUGUAUUCUACACAUUUCAGCCACCUUUGUAGAAUCCAACCCUUAUUUUUAAGCUGGCAUUGGUUUAACAAGUUUGAUAUUCCCAGGCAUUAUUUAACUACCAUAAUCAAAGUUGUUGAAUCACGCAUAUUGCUCCAAACAUUAAUUUAGAAUUCGAUUAAUGUAAUAAAUAUAGGGAUCAAUGCAUCAUGUUAUGUAAUAAACUGGUCACUACUCUAUACCACUUUAGUAUUGAAACAAUAUGAACGACAAUAAUACGUAUUAAGGCAAAUAAUAAUGUAAAACCCAUUACAAAAAAUCUUCACAUAAUUAUUCAUUCCCAUCUAAAAUUAAAAUGAAACUUUUAAAAUAGAAUUAAAAACGAAAUGCGUAUUCGUUAAUUGUAAAACACACUGCCCGGUAUAUAAUUGAAAAUCGCACGUACUUUCCUGUCGGACAGAAAUGGCC